AUGACAGAAAAAAACGAAUCGCACAGUGUUCAAAUAGGCGACUCGAAAGACGUCCAGCAUGUGACACCGCUUACAGAAGCCUCCAGGAUUGAAGCCGGCUCUAUCGUCGAUGUUCAAGAUGCACAGGCAAACGGCUAUCUCAUUGACGCAGAUGGCAACCUCAGGUUGAAAAAUGGGCUGAAACCUGGACUGAAAAACAGGAUGAUAAACCUUAUGACUAUAUGUGGGAUUUUGGGGCCAGGAACAUUUGUUGGUAUGGGAAGCAUGCUUAAGUCCGGGGGUGGUGCCGGCAUGCUUGCCGGUUUCGCGAUCGUGGCAAUUUUAGUGAUAAGCAUGAUGUUCAGCGUUGGGGAAAUUAACGCCACUUUGGACUUCAACUUUUGUGUCCAUGCUUCGAGGUAUGUGUCCCCUGGUUUUGGGGGCAGCAUGGCACUUGCAUAUGUGGUGAUGUGGAUUACCAAUCUUAUUGCAGAGUACACUUCGCUGAGCAGUAUUUGCACGAACUACACUACGAAAGUACCAUUCUAUGGCUGGUAUCUAAUUUUUUGGGGUUUCUUCACAGCUUUCCAGUUCUUGGGCGUCACUGCUUAUGGAGAGGCAGAAUACAUUCUGGGUUUUGUGAAACUGAUCUUUAUCGGAGGAUUCUACCUAUUCGCCAUUAUCUAUGCGUCGGGCGGGGUGCCCGGUCAUAAGACAGGAAAUCCGUUUGGGGAAGUUCCACUCGUAGGGGGAUUCAGAGGAAUUGCAAACUCGUUCGUAUUUGCAGGAAUUUUUCUGAGUGGCAUUGAGAGUGUAUCCGUGUUUGCCAGUGAAGCGCGUAACCCUAGAAAAGCUAUUCCAGUGGCAGUCAGAAACACCAUGUUCAGAAUUUUUUUUGUCUACUUCGGGCUAUCGAUAUUUUACGCGAUCACAGUUUCUCCUCAAGAUCCGGCCCUACAUGGUGACAACUUGGCCCUGCGUGCACCAAUGACUAUUGCUUUAACAAAUGCAGGCUGGUAUCAUGCAAAAUACUUUGUUACAACUAUUGUCCUUUUGACCUGCGUAUCUUCCAUCAAUUCAGCGAUCUUCCUUGCGUCGAGAUCUCUGUUCACUUGGGCGGAUAUGGGCAUGGGUCCCAAAGUUUUCAAGAAGACUGACAAAAAGGGUGUCCCAUGGGUGUCUGUUCAUACUUGCCACUUAUUUUCUUUUUUGUGUCUCCUGAGUAUAUCCAAUGGGUCUGCAGUUGCCUACAGCUAUAUUGUCAAUGUCACGGGCGUGGCGGCCUUCAUCAUUUGGACAGGUAUCUCGUUCACUCAUUUUCGGUUUAGGAAGGGGUGGAUACAUCAAGGAAAAUCUCUGGAAGACUUGGGGUUCUCUGCUCCCUUAUACCCUUGGUCGAAUGUAGUGGCCAUUUGCUUGGGGAUAGUCCUGAUCCUUGUUCAAGGCUGGUCCAGUUUUGAUCCAUGGGACUAUUCCACAUUCAUCGAUGCUUAUAUCUUGUUGCCAGUUUUUAUGAUAGUUUGGGCGGCGUAUGAUUUCGUCUUUUUGAAGACGCGAAUUGUCAGGUACGCAGACAUGGAUUUUGAGACAGGCAAACGUAUUGAUGUUGAUGACGCUGUAAGAAAAUCCCAGCUUAUGGACCUAACGUCCGCUCUUUCCCACUAG